ACAGCUUUUCCUCCCUGAAGCUCGCCUUUCAAGUCACUAGUGCUACUUGUCUGGACACACGCAGCCAAUCUCUUCCUCAUGACGCCACUGAGGCUGGGCUGAAAGGGCUUCGAUCAUAAUAUUUAACACACCCACCCUUUUUUCGAUGAACACUUGGAUGGGAGACAAAGCAGUGUUAAGAGGACACACACAUGACAAACCGGGAUCCGUGCACCUGCCAUCCAGGCUGUGGGGUUUUGACGUGAACGGAGCGGGACAGCGUCCACGCAUCUCGAAGCGGAUCACCUGUUAUAUUAUAACCACGGAUUGAUGCUUUUUUUUUUUUUUUUUUUUUUAAAUCUUGUCUUUAUUUUUUUUGUUCAAUCCCAGGACUGUUUCUGUUAGGACUAUAUACUUUUCCCUUCAGAAGUUGGUACAAAUCUGACAUCUCACUCUUUGCUGCCAGCAUUCUAAGGAAGUUUGAGGUAGAAGAUCAGUGCUUUGAACAGGACCCGCCCUCCUUCUUCUUAUCUAUCUCUCGUUAACGAUUUAUUUACAGCUCCAUCCUAGUGACACUGUAUCUUAUUCAGCAAAGCGAUGAAUGAAGAGCGCUUUUUGAGCUGCUGCCAGGGAAGUGUCUGCUGUUCAUAAUGUGUCGGUGUGUCCAGCUGUCUGCAAGAACUGGAACUACUGUCUAACAAAAAAUAAAUUAAAAAAAAAAAAAAAAAGGACUGAGCACAUUAUGGAGUUUUUGACAUAGGCUUUACAUGCAUUAUGUGUGGAAUAAUCAGAAAAUCUUCAAGCCAACCUCGCUGCUUUGUCAUCGCCUAACACUAUUGGACAUCCAUGUCGGUGCGUAAGGUGCGCUGCGCUUAGAAAGCUAACUCCGACUGUAAAGAAAUAAAAUGAUAAAGAUGAUAUUGUUUCGGAAAUUCAGAGUGUUGAUUCUAAUGGUGUUUUUAGUGGCGUGCACCAUGCAUAUUAUGAUAGACUUGUUACCCAAAUUGGAGAAGCGGGCUGCGGGAGCGGACAGCGGGGACGGCGGCUGUCAGUGCGCACACCACCCGGCCGGGGAGGCGCAGGGCUGGGGGAAGCAGCGCGCCAGGUCGGCGGCUGAAGCGGGCUGGCCUAACAAGCACACGCUCCGAAUUUUGCAGGAUUUCAGCAACGAACCGAGCUCCAACCUUACAUCUCACUCCCUGGAAAAGAACACAGCUGCCGGGGAGAGAGCGGAGUCCUUCGGGCGGAUGAGACCGUCAGCGGGGAAGGCGGAGGACCAUAAGCCGCUCAUCGGAGACGCGAGCGGGGGUCGAACCGUCCCUGCCCACGGUGCCUCUGGACUGUCCGCUCUGUUUGAGCAUCCCUUAUACAAGAUUGACCUUCCUACUCUCACGGACGAUGACACUUUAUUUAACGUCAACACUGACAUCAGGUUUUACCCCAGAACUACAGGGAACCAAGGAUGGCACAAUGAUGACGGGAAUGAAGAGGAGGAGGUGUUCUCUCCAACAGGUGAGGUGACGGCAGAAUCGUACCCCAACUGGUUACGUUUCCACAUCGGGAUCAACCGCUAUGAGCUGUACUCCAGACACAGUCCUGUGUUGGACGCCCUGCUGAAGGAUCUGGUCAUCCAGAGGAUCACCAGUGUGGCCAUGAAAUCUGGAGGCACUCAGCUGAAGUUGAUCAUGACUUUCCAGAACUAUGGACAAGCCCUGUUCAAGCCCAUGAAGCAGACCCGGGAGCAGGAAACCCCACCAGACUUCUUCUACUUCUCUGACUUUGAGAGGCACAAUGCAGAGAUCGCUGCUUUUCAUUUGGACAGAAUUCUUGACUUUCGGAGGGUGCCCCCAGUGGCAGGACGGCUCGUCAACAUGACAAGGGAGAUCAGAGAUGUAACGCGUGAUAAGAAGCUCUGGAGGACCUUCUUCAUCUCACCAGCCAACAACGUCUGCUUCUACGGUGAAUGCUCUUAUUACUGUUCCACUGAGCAUGCUCUAUGCGGUAAGCCAGACCAGAUCGAAGGCUCGCUAGCGGCGUUCCUGCCAGACUUGAACUUAGCCAAACGCAAGACCUGGAGAAACCCCUGGAGACGCUCGUACCAUAAACGCAAGAAAGCAGAAUGGGAGGUGGACCCUGAUUAUUGCGACGAGGUCAAACAGACGCCUCCAUAUGACCGUGGUACUCGACUCCUGGACAUUAUGGACAUGACCAUCUUUGAUUUCUUAAUGGGUAACAUGGAUCGUCAUCAUUAUGAGACUUUUGAGAAGUUUGGGAACGACACAUUCAUUAUUCACCUGGAUAAUGGAAGAGGGUUUGGCAAACACUCUCAUGAUGAACUUUCCAUCCUGGUGCCGCUCAGUCAAUGCUGCAGGGUGAGACAGUCCACUUAUCUGCGUCUCCAGCUGUUGGCAAAGGAGGAGUACCAGCUGAGCUCCCUCAUGGAGGAGUCUCUGCUUCGAGACCGCCUGUCCCCCAUCCUCAUCCAGCCUCACUUACUGGCCAUGGACCGCAGGCUCCGUCUGGUGCUGCAGGUCCUGGCAGGCUGCAUAGAGAAAGAAGGCUACACUAGUGUUGUGGAAGAAGACUUAGAGGGGGACUCUGCCACCCACAGGAGCCCGGGCCACAGGUAGUGAGGGCGAGUCUGAAGGGUGAAAGCAACCACCGGUCACAAAUGGACAAUGGACCACAUUUGUGGCAGUUUGACUUAAUGGGAUUGUGCCGAAAAUCCCACUUCUAGUAUCAAGCUGAAUUCAGUGAAUUCCAAGACUUGCCAUCAAUGCCUGUAGGGAUCCUGCUUUUAAGUGUGUUUAUAUAGAGGAAGUUACAGAUACCCCAAAAGACUGCUCAAACAGAGGCUUUGUAUUUGUUAGAUACAGAUGUAUUUUUGUUUUAUCAGAUGUUGUACACACAAAGGAACCACUGCUGUGUCCUCAUUCUGUCAUGUUUGUUUGAAAUAUGGAGGGUAUCCGUCUCAUCUGAGUGUUUUAAUAUAUUAAGACGUACCCAAACAAGAACUUACACUGACUGCACCGCAUAUGGUCAGACAAUAAGCUUUAACAACAACAAUGUAUAAAAGGUUGAUAAUGUUACACCACAAUAUUAAAGAAAUAUGUGCCAGAAUUUGUUUUUAUUUUCACAUGCUGCAAUGAUCCACAACAGCAGAAAAAACAUACAACCAGGUAAACAAGACAAAAACAGUGCAUUCUAUUUGUCUUUCUCUAUAUGCUUUGUUUUUCUUUGUAAAGACGUGGAACAAACCCAGUGAAAUACCGGUAAAUACAUACAUAUAUACAUCUGAGUGCAAGUAUAUUUCACUUUAGUACCUUCACUUUGCCUUAUUCCAGUUUUGUAUGUCUUUAUUAUUCAAGUUUACUACAUCCUAGUUCAGUUUGCACCACAUGCAGAGUGAGAGCUCAACACUAAAACAUACUUUAAACCAAAAAUACUGUAAUAGCUGAAAACCAGACUCAUGUUAGUUAGUGUUCAGUAAUUGGUAUCGCCACUGCAUUACACUCAAACGCAGACCUGAAACGUUUAGAUUAUUGUCUGCUGUGAUAGCAUUUGACAGUUUAUGCAAAACACCACGAUAAAGCUUGUAUAUUGUUUCAUUUUAUGGAAUUCCAUGACCAAAUGACUAUUUAUUGGUGAGUCACAAACAAUGAAUUAAUUGGUUUAUGUUAUGGUUUUGCUUCAUGUUGCUUUGUAUGGUGGAAUACAUUUAUACCUUUUGGAUACGAUUUAAAGUGACAUUCCUUCGGGUACUAUUUUUAUGUUGACAUACUAGAAAAGCAACAAGUGUUUUGAUUUUGGACUGUAGUUGUUGAAGUGGUGCCAGUGCAAUUUUCAGUUUCCUCUCAAGAGUCCUGUGUAUUGGCUAACCCAGUACCUGUGCAAUGACAGAAAUACAUUACUUGAAUGUUUUUUUGGGUUGGCACUAUGAACAGGAUUCGUAAAGCUACAAAACAGUACAAAGCUGUAAUAGCUGGACUCCGAGUCUAACACUUACUUGCGGUGAUACAGGGGUUAAAACGCCUCCUCCCACAGAAGGGAUAACCUCGGGCACUGUUCUUUGAUUUUCAUAUUCUCAGUGUAAAUAUCUAUAAAUACUUUGAAAGACCUACCAAGCUGCACCGCGAAGUUAUUUGCUUCUGUUUUCUGCUACUGCAUUGUUACUGUGAAGAUCUGUUUACUAAAUGAAUAAAGUGUGCAAUAAAAACAAACGUGAGGACAAUA